AUGGCUCGAAAAUUGUCAACCCCAUUAGCCUUGUUCUGCCUUUUGUUCAUUGCCCUGUUCAGCGGCUCGAAUGCAGGCGUGAUCUGUGUGUAUUGGGGCCAGAAUGGAAAUGAGGGCAGCUUGGCGGAUGCUUGCGCCACAAGGAAUUAUGGUAUAGUGAACAUAGCUUUCCUGGUAACAUUUGGCAGCGGCCAGACCCCACAGAUGAACCUUGCCGGCCACUGUAACACAACCACAAAUGGGUGCACCGGCUUGAGCAACGACAUCAGAGCUUGCCAAAACCAGGGCAUCAAAGUGAUUCUCUCCAUUGGAGGCGCUGCUGGUAGAUAUUUCCUCUCCUCUGCUGAUGAUGCCAGGAGUGUUGCAAACUACUUGUGGAACAACUUUCUUGGUGGCCAAUCUAGCUCCCGUCCAUUGGGUGAUGCAGUUCUAGAUGGCAUUGACUUUUAUAUUAAGGGAAACACAAACCAGCAUUGGGACGAGCUUGCAAGGGCACUGUCUACAUUUAGCCAACAGAAAAAGGUCUUCCUAACAGCAGCACCAGAUUGUCCAUUCCCAGACGCUUGGCUAAAAGGAGCACUAGACACUGGCCUGUUUGACUAUGUCUGGGUCCAAUUCUAUAACAACCAACCCUGUCAAUACUCUAGCAAUGCAGACAACCUUACGAAUUCUUGGAAUCAAUGGAACACUAUUCAAGCUGGGCAGAUAUUUCUGGGGUUGACUGCAGCUCCCGAUGCAGCUUGGACUGGCUACAUCCCUCCCAAUGUUCUUACUAAUGAAGUUUUACCUUCUAUUAAGAAUUCUUCAAGAUAUGGAGGUGUUAUGCUUUGGUCUAGGACUUAUGACGAGGGCUAUAGCUCAGCUAUUAAAAACAGUUUUUCUGAAAGUUUGAGGCCACAUUAUAUUAGUUUUAAUAAUAUGGUUUGUAAAGUAUAAACCGUGAUUGGU